CAGCAUCACAAAACGUCAAAACGAAGCGUUUUGCUGGACUGGUUUUGAUAUUUCGUUUUAUUUUGAUGAGAAAUCGAUUGAUGCAGCGAAAUUAGUGAUAAAAUUAACUAAUAGGUAUUGAAUAGUUAUUAUCUCGCCGGAAUCCCGAAUAAUUUUAAUACAGACAUGGCAGGAUUGGAAUCGAUGAUUGUGGAGGACAAGCAGCAGCAACAGAAAACGGUUGACCGGGAAAAGACCUGCCCGCUGCUGCUGCGGGUGUUCUGUUCGACCGGACGGCAUCACUCGGCCAACGAGUAUAAUCACGGUAACGUUCCUUCGAACGAACUGCAAAUAUACACCUGGAUGGACGCAACACUGCGAGAGCUGACUACGCUGGUACGGGACGUGAAUCCGGAAACUCGACGUAAAGGAACGUAUUUUGAUUUCGCCAUUGUCUCUCCGGAUCGCAGCUCUCAGUUCCGGAUGCGUGAGAUCGGGGUCACUUGUUCCGGUCAGAAGGGAGCCGAUGAUUCGAAAACGUUGACUCAUGCCAAGUUCACUAUCGGGGAUUACAUGGACAUCAACAUUACCCCUCCGAACCGUAUGCCACCAUCAACAAGACGACCUCGGCCCUACUAGGGGCGGCUAAGGCCCGGAUUACGCUGGGCCGCUGGCCCGACGGACGGGUGGAAUAAAUGAUCGUGAACCCGAAACAAUUUUUUCAAAAGGGAAUAAUUUUUCCUUCUUUUUUAUUAGAAAUCUUAAGUCGUACAAGUAAAAUAAAUACAAUCCUAAUGACGAA